AUGUCAGUGACAGGAUCAACCUCGUCUCAACCUAUCAACCCACACAAACCAGAGAUCUCAUUUCUCCCCAAGGACUAUAAAGCAACUGACCGCAACCUUGACGAACCCGUAGUCAUCUCUACACAGGUUGAAGAGCCAUUGGUCAAGAAAAUCCUAAUGGAUCCAGGGAGUAGUGCAAAUGUGCAAUAUCAAAGACUCAUGGACAAGAUGUUUUCAAACCCAAUUGGCCGAAACAUAGAAGUCUAUGUUGAUGACAUGGUGGCAAAGACACUACAUGCAUCAAAUCACAUUAAAGACUUGAAGGAGAUAUUUCAACAACUUCGAGCAUAUAAUAUGAAACUCAAUCCCGAGAAAUGCGCUUUUGGAGUGCAAGGAGGGAAAUUUCUUGGCUUCAUGCUCACCUACCGAGACAUUGAAGCUAAUCUUGAAAAAUGUCCUGCAAUUUUAAACAUGAGAAGCCCAAGGACGGUUAAGGAGAUAUCCAAAACUAGAAAAGCUUGCCCUGACCUUAGUAACAACGGCCAGACAUUUGCGACAUUACUUCCAGAGUCAACCAUCAUUGUCAGAACAGAACAACCCCUCUGGCAAAUUUUGACAAAGCCAGAGCUUGCUGGAAGAUUAAUCAAAUGGUCAAUUGAACUAUCUGAAUAUGACAUCCAAUACCAACCGGGAGGAGCCUUAAAGUCCCAAGUACUGGCAUACUUCAUUACAGAGUUCACGGUAGAUGAGCCUAGUCCGACCUCAAAUACUUGGACGCUAUACAUCGACGGAGCCUCAAACAACAAGAGCUCAGGAGCAGGGAUACUACUUGAAGAUGAGAAAGAGACAGCCCUAGAACAGUUUGUACAAUUUACCUUUCAUGCAUGCAACAAUCAAGCAGAGUAUGAAGCACUCAUAGCAGAACUAAGACUAGCCCACACAAUUGGCGUAACACAACUAAACAUCAAAUGUGACUCUUUACUCGUGGUGCAACAGGUAACAGGUAACUUUCAGGUAAAAAAUCCACUGCUAGAAAAGUAUAGUGCUAUUGUUAAUGAUCUUGUUAAUAGUUUUCAAAAAUUUGAAAUUUCUCAUAUACCUCGGGAACAAAAUGAUAGAGCAGAUAUCCUUUCAAAAUUGGCAGCAACCAGAAGUCAAACUAAAAAGCCUAAACUAUCUCAACUAACAUUUAAUGAACCAAGUGUUAUGCUAAUAGAAAUGUCAAGUAUUUCACAGAAGGAAGACUGGCGAAAGCCCUUCAUACAUUACUUACAAACAGGCCAAAUACCCGAGAAUGUCCAAAACAAGAGGGAAUUCAAAAGAAGAGCGAGUUUUUAUACAUUACUCGGUUCUGAGCUAUACAAACGAGGCUUCACAAGACUUCUUCUAAAAUGCCUAAACACGGCAGAUGCUAAGUUGGCAAUGGACGAGGUCCACGAAGGCGUCUGUGGAACGCACAAAGGAGGGCGGAGCUUAGCUUCCAAGAUCCUCCGAGCAGGUUACUACUGGCCAACAUUGCAACAAGAUUGCACGUCCAAAGUCCAACACUGCGACCAUUGCCAACAUCAUGUACCAAUCAUUCAUAACCCAGCCGAGCAGUUACACUCGUCCGAGUUCUCAUCUGUAGAACACCCACAAACUAAUAGUUUAGGUGAGGCUGCCAAUAAGAUUAUCCUACAGGGACUAAGGAAGAAACUAGAAGACUAUAAAGGAGAAUGGGCCGAGCUCAUCCCAGAAGUACUAUGGAAUUAUAACACAACAGAGCAAUCAUCAACAAAGGAAACUCCUUUCAGGUUGGUGUACGGAAGUGACGCCAUGCUGCCUAUCGAAAUAUCCUUACAAUCCCCCAAAACUGAAAGCAUCAAUGAAGGCAACAAUGUUGAAAGCUGA